AUGUCCCAAUCCUCACCCUGCCUGCUCAUCUCCAGGGUCCCCGAAGAAGUGCUCGUGGGCAUCUGUCUCGAGUGCGAGCCCUGCGAUGUCUUCGCGCUCGGCAAGGCCUGCUCCUUCCUCCACCGCAUCCUCUCCCGCAACGUCUACGUCCAGUACAAGCUCGAGCUCGCCCUCGCCGGCAUGCUCGACCAGCCCCUCCCGCCCUGCGCCUUCGCCCCCUGCGCGCCCGCCUUCCGGCCGUCCACGCUCGGCACCGCCGCCAAGCUCCACCUCCUCCGCCUCCACCGCGCCCGCGCCCACAGCGGCCGCUUCGCCCCCGCCACGCCCGUCGCCGUCGCGCGCGGCCCGCACGUCGCGCGCUGGGACGCGUACCCCGCGUUCGGCGGCGCGCUCGCCGCCGUCGUCGUCCGCCCCGACCACGCGGACGCGCUCGUCGUCGCGCCGCCGCUGCCGCCGAUGCUCGCGUUCGGCCCGGACGGGUCGAUCAUCGUCGCCGGGACUAGAGCGGGGGCCGGGGCGAGGGCGUGUGCGAGCGAGAGCGCGGACGGGACGUCGGGGCGCGGUGUCGUGAGCUGGACGGUGCCGCUCGACGCCGUCCCGAUGGGCUCUGCGCGGCCGUGCGUCAUCGCGACGGACAUUACCCAGAACCUACUCGUGUUCGUGCAGACUAUCGAGGACGGCGCAGGGCAGUCAGAGAACGCGGACGCAAUAGCGUACAUUCGCUGCCUCGACCGCGCGGAGGCGACCCACCCUCGCACCUUGUGCCCCGCGAUCCGCAUCGCGCCGCAAGAUCAAACCGCAGGUAACACUGGUACGCCGCCUUUCUGGCCGCGACGACGCAGGGUGAACAAGGACAUUCAGAUCCACGGCCUGCUCAUCGCCUGGAGCAUCGCGAGCGACAACCACACCUCGCUCUCCGAGCGUGUCACGUUCGAGAUCUGGAACUGGGCCACGGGCGCCCUCGUGAACACCUCCGUCCCUCGUCCGGUAUCGUAUUUCCCGACGAAGCGGCAAUUCCACGGGCUCGGCUUUUCGUCCACGCUCCUCGACUGCAGCACCGUCCUCGUCUCCUCCUUCCUCUGGGACGACGAAAUGCGUGUGUAUCGCUUCCAGCACCCGCCGGACUCCGAAGCGGACCCCGAGCCCGGCGGUCUCGCGCCCGGGGAGCACAUCGCCCUCAAGCUGCCCCCGCACGCGCACUGCGCGACGAUCCAGCAGUCCAGCAUCCCCGCCCCGCCCCCCUGCGCGCCGUUCUGGCCGGACCCCGCCCGGCGCAUCCUCGCGCUGCACCUCACCCAGGCCGCCUGGCGGCCCGCCACGCUCCUGCUCCCCGCCGCGGUCCUCUGCGCGCUCGUCCGCCGCGGCGCCGCGGCGGUGCCCUGGGACGCGUGGGGCGCGCGCGGCUCCGUCGUGCUACCCGUUCGGCGCGCGCGUGUUCGCGGCGACGCCGGGGCCCCCGGGGGCGGGGUGACGGAGAUCGACUUGAACCCGGUGCACGAGACGAGGAAGCCGCAGUGGGCGCUCGGGACCCUGUCUCUCGUCGCGCCGUGGUCGCGGUUGUGCGUGGACGAGGCGGGCGGGGGUGGGGGCAAGGCUGACGAGAGGGAAAAGGAGAAGGCGGAGCCUCCGGGGUGGGAGAUACGCAACGCGGACACGGCACCCCCGCACUCGGUGCACCACACGGAGCAUGGGCUGCCGUUUCCGCGGCGUGCGCUCAACGCCGUCCUCUCGUCUCCGGAAGGUUAUCUUGCUGUGGAAAUGGGGACAGGGCCCCAAACCGACCAGCUGUUUUUGGCGUCGGACCUUUGGCUCGCGACGUAA